UUGAAUAUUUAUUUACUUUGGUAUAUAAAGAUAACAAAAAACAAAUACAGAAUGGAAUAAUGAAAUUAAAGAAAAACAGCAUAAUAUUUUAGUUCCAUUGGUUCAAACAAUCCAUUAAAAUGAACGUAAAAAUUAGAAUAUAGAGGUCGUUAGUUCUGUUUUCUCACGAAACAGGUUACAGAUGUUUACUUUUUUGUUAGUAUUCACAUAAUAAGUUGUAAAUAUUUAUUUUUAAAGUAUAAAAUAGAUGAAUUUGUUGAUUGUUCACAAUGACAAGCAUACCUGAUUUCACAGCAGAAACUGCGAAAGCUGCAUUAACUGAUAUUUUAGCAGCUUUAAAUACACCCCAAAAUAUUCAAAAACUUGCAGAAGUGAAAGAGAAUUCCGGAAAUGAAAUGUUAAAAAUGAUGCAGUUUGUAUUCCCAAUCGUAACUCAAAUACAAAUGGAUGUUAUUAAGAAUUAUGGAUUUUUAGAAGGACGAGAAGGUACUGUACAAUUUGCUCAAUUGAUUAGAACAUUAGAACGAGAAGAUCCAGAAAUAGCACAAUUACAUAGCCAAGUCAGAUCUUAUUUUCUGCCAUCAAUAACAAGUCCUUCUGUGGAAGCUUCUCUUUAAAAUAAUAUAUUAUGUACGUAGUAAAAUAGAAGUAUAUACAUUA